AUGGCUUUAACACACAUCCAAAUCUUUCUCAUUGUCUCUCUACUUUCAUCAUUCUGUUUUUCACUCGCUCUUUCUCAUCCACUCGAUGAUGAUGUUGAAGUCACCAUGCAAAAGAGACAUGCCGAGUGGAUGACCGAGCACCGCCGUGUUUACGCAGAUGUGAACGAGAAAAACAGCCGCUACCUUGUGUUCAAACGCAACGUGGAACGCAUUGAACGCUUAAAUGACGUUCAAUCCGGACUAACGUUUAAACUCGCGGUGAACCAGUUUGCUGAUCUAACCAACGAAGAAUUUCGUUCUAUGUACACUGGUUACAAAGGAAGGUCGGUGUUGUCAGGUCAAACUAAAGCUACGUCGUUUAGGUACGAAAACGUUUCUUCUCACGCUUUGCCGAUUUCUAUUGACUGGAGGAAGAAAGGAGCUGUGACUCCUAUCAAGGAUCAACACACUUGCGGAUCGUGUUGGGCGUUUUCAGCGGUUGCAGCUAUAGAAGGAGUAGCACAAAUAAACAAAGGGAAACUCAUUUCUUUAUCUGAACAAGAGCUUGUUGACUGCGACACAAAUGAUUCUGGCUGCAUAGGCGGUUUGAUGGAUACUGCGUUUAAGUAUAUCAAGGCUAUUGGCGGCUUAACCUCUGAAACAGAUUAUCCUUAUAAAAGAAAACAAGGAACUUGCAAGAUCAAGAAAACUAAACAGAUAGUAACUUCUAUCAAAGGUUAUGAGGAUGUCCCGGUUAACAAUGAGAAAGCCCUAAUGAAGGCAGUGGCACACCACCCGGUUAGCAUUGGAAUAGACGCAGGAGGUUUUGGUUUCCAAUUCUAUUCGUCAGGUGUGUUCAGCGGAAAGUGCAAAACUAAUCUUAAUCACGGGGUAACUUUGGUUGGAUACGGCCGAUCUAGCAAUGGAUCAAAGUACUGGAUCCUCAAGAACUCAUGGGGACCAAAAUGGGGUGAACGUGGAUACAUGAGGAUCAAAAAAGAUGUCAAGCCUAAACAAGGACAAUGUGGUCUUGCCAUGAAAGCUUCUUACCCAACUAUGUGA